UCAGCAGAAAUUGCAAACUAAUAUUCUUCCUAGAAGCCAGAGGGAAGCUCUAGCAGUCUUUGCAAAGCUGGCGCCGGCGGAGCAAUGGAAGCGAAGGCGUUUCUGCGGGCGUCGUGCCUUUGCCGUCUGCAGUCAGCCACGGCGAGAGGAGGCACACCAGGCGGCCUCUGGUUCCGCCGCCGCUUCGCCCCUUCGGCGCCCGCGGCUCUGGGAUCCCGUCCCGCCACGGGCCCUGGAGCCCUCAGCCCUUUCGACCGGCAGAUGAAGAGGAAGCAAAAGAAUUGGGCAGCCGGGCAGCCUCACGCGGAGCGCUGCGAGUACCUGCGGGAAGAGGUUGGUGGUAGGAUGGCCGAUCGUGUGUUUGACAUAGCCAAGACAUUUCCCCUUGCCUUGGACCUUGGGUGUGGGCGAAGCUACAUUGCUCAGCAUUUAAACAAGGAUGUUGUUGAAAGGCUUUUUCAAUCAGAUGUCGCUGAAAAUGCUCUGAAGAACACAAUAGAUUCAGAAAUACCAAGAGUCAAUAUCAUAGCGGAUGAAGAAUUUCUUCCUUUCAAAGAAAACACAUUUAACCUUAUUGUCAGCAGUCUGAGUUUGCAUUGGGUCAAUGAUCUUCCCAAAGCCUUGCAUGAAGUGCACCGAGUCCUUAAACCUGAUGGAGUAUUUAUUGGUUCUAUGUUUGGGGGUGACACACUCUUUCAGCUUCGCUGCUCUUUGCAACUAGCAGAACUAGAAAGAGAAGGUGGAUUUUCUCCACAUGUGUCUCCUUUUACAGCUGUGAGUGAUCUAGGACAUCUACUGGGAAGAGCUGGCUUCAACACACUGACAGUGGAUUCAGAUGAAAUCCAAGUUAACUAUCCAGGAAUGUUUGAAAUUAUGGCUGAUCUACAAGGUAUGGGAGAAAGUAAUUGCUGUUGGAACAGGAAACCUAUGAUACAUAGAGCGACCAUGUUGGCAGCUGCAGCAGUAUAUAAGGAAUUGUAUGGAAAUAAUGAUGGGACAAUACCAGCAACGUUUCAGAUAUAUUAUAUGAUAGGAUGGAAAUUCCACAAAUCACAGGCACAACCAGCACAGAGAGGUUCUGCAACAGCAUCAUUUGGAGAUCUGAGAAAAAUAAAUGAACUUAUUUCAGGCAAAAAAAAUCUUUGACAUGAAAUACAGUAAUACAACUUGAACAUAGCCUGUUGGAUAUUUAACAGUUAUCAUUUAACUUUGACAAAUGAACAACAUUGUUUUCCCCAAAACUACUUCGUUGCGUAGGAAAAAAAGGGGGACUAUAUUCUUGUUUACCCUAUCAGUGGCUAUAUUUUACUAUUAACAUAUGCAUAUUUUUAUAUGCAAAUAAUAAUAGUAAAAUUGCCAAUUUGAUCUGGAUAUAUCCAGAGAAAUGAUAGUGUGUAUUUCAGUACACAUAUUAUCUGCCUAUGUGAAAAUAUGAGAGGUUCGGCUAUUCAAUAAAAUAAUAAAUGAAUGAUGGAGAA